UCUGCGGAAGGCUUUCGAUGCCCUCCAAUCCUAUUCCUCCUCUCUAUCCUCUUUCACUCUUCAGUGGAAGGAGAUCGAGGACCACUUAUCGUCCAUCGAAAAGUCCAUCGAGGAGCGGUUCCGUGAACUGAAGGACUUGGAUAGCUCUUCCAAGGUGAAGAAGGCAACAACCACUCCGCCGGUUUCCAACGUUGGGGUGAAGCAAGAUAAGCCGAUGGUUCAAACCCGUUCGGAGCUCAGGGAUCUCUGCUUAAAAAUGGACGGCAAUGGUCUGAAAUCGUUCAUCAUUGAUAACCGGAAAGACAUUGUGGCGAUCCGCAGGGAGCUUGCUCCUGCCCUUCUAUUUGCGCCGGAUCCCACCGAGCUUGUCCUCGAUGCGAUUGGCGGCUUUUUCCCGCUUGAGAAGAUGGCGGAGGGAGAGCUAAUUUCGAUUAGGAGGACUUGCCUGACUCUUUUGGAGUGCCUUCAUGAUCUGGCUGUGGAGAUUAAGCCGUUAGCCAGAGAGAGGGCGAGGAGGGUGGCGGUAGAAUGGAGAGAGCUGCUUAAUGAUGCGAAAGGGGACACAACGCUUGUGGUUUUGGGUGUGUUGCAUCUCGUUGCUACGUUUGGGUUGAUUGAUUCGUUUGAAAUUGACGAUAUUCUGGAUCUUAUUGUCCUAGUAGCCAGGAGAAAGACUAUUGUUGAUCUAUGCAAGAGUGCUGCACUUGACGAGAAUAUUCCUGAUUUGGUUGAAAAACUAAAUAAUAAAGGAAAGCAACUAGAUGCUGUCAAAUUUGUCAUUGCUUUCAAUUUAACGGACAAAUACCCACCUGCCUCGCUUUUGAAUGCCUGUAUAAAGGAAUCAAAGAAGGCUGCAGAAGAAGUGCGGAAGAAGGGAAAUAAUUCUGCCCAAUCCAAGAAUGAAGCCUCUUCAAAGGAAAUUUCUGCACUUAGAGCAGUAAUCAGAAUUGUAGAGGAGUACAAGCUAGGGUCAGUAUUUAGCUGUGAGAAUGUUCGGAAGCGUAUUGAACAGUUGGAACAUCAGAAGGCAGGAAAGAAACCUGAAAAGAAAUUGGAAAAUCAGAAGACAGAAAAGAAGCGAGGAGCAACUGCCAUCGCUGCUUCUAACUUAAAUGUUAGGGGACAGAAGCAGCAGCAUGAACAACCUAAUAAGCGUCCUAGACCUUCAACUGCUCCAUUUGCACAUAAUCAUCGCACACAGCUUGGUAGGGCUGACCUAGCUCCUCAUGCAGGUUUUUCUGGCUCGUAUGCCUUGUCUACUACGGCUCCAUCCCUUUAUAAUCAUGGCAAUGCUAGUUUAUCCAGCAUUUCUGUUGGACUUGGUGGAUCUCUUGCUUCGUCAUGGUUUAACACAACGGAGUCGGUGAUGGGCUCUGCUUUUUCCGGUAGGGCAGUCCCUAAUGAUGGUUACCCAAAAUCGGCCUUGCCUGCUCUUUAUCAUUCAUCUUUAUAUUUUUGAUGCAAGAUCUCUACCAAGCUUCAGGUGAAGCUUGUUCUCCACCAAUCUGAAUCUUGAAAUCGUGUUAUUAACUUAAAGAGGUUGUUAAAUGUUUGAGUGCUUUGAACAUGUAAAUGUAUUUCUACUGUCUUUUUGAAAUACCUUUUAACUAAUGUGACUCAGUGAUGGACAUCUGUUGGUUAUUAGGAAUGCAAUCUAUAUAUGCUUCUGGAUGAAUGGAUUUCCCU